UUCCGGUUGCUUCACUCGGUUGCAUUUUUUAAAUAUCCAGGGGGACUUUUCAGGCAGCUCUAAAGGGAGUAGUUACUCUUUGACUAAAUGCACUUCCAAAUAAUACAUACUCGGCGUCUAUAACGACUUACUUGAAAAAUGUUUAACAAUGGUCUCGAAAUGUCGCCAUUUCAUUAUCUAAUGUUGGUUUAAUGCAUGUAUAAAGCGUCGUUGUGCUUUCUCGCGCCCCCUACUGGUGCCCUUCCGAUGGAAACCUCCAAAACAUAAGAAAUGGCCAUCCAACAAAUUACGCAUGCGCAGUAGUCAGCGCUUUAAAACAAGUCUUGAGGAGGGAACGUGAAGACAGUUGCAGGUGGACUUGAAUAAUAGUCGAUGUAAGCUGAAAACGUAUAAAAGCGUGUUGGUAAAAAGCAGGACAGUAGCUUCGAGUUCACAUGUGAAGUUGCUGCUGGUUGAAUCUCAGGAUGAAAAGUCGUCGUUGUGUUCGCCAUGACUCUGAGGUCCACGCUGUAUCCAAACACGCGAUUCAGGCAGCACGCUGAUGCCGGGGUCGUCACCGUUAGCCCAGUGAGCCUCAAGAGGGAGUCCUGCGACUUUGUUAUAGAUGUUCAAGACGUGCAGAGGGGCGAGAUCCCAAUCAAAUCAAAGGACUUAGACCAGAAUUACAUGACAAGCAAGGUUGCCCUCGCUGCCACUGUUGCAGAGGUAGUUCAAGGAGACACUAAACCUGUGGGGGUACUGUCCCCUGUCAGACCAAUGGGGGGUGAGGGAACCCCGGUGAAAGGUAAACCCCUCUCUGUUGACAAUAUGGAAAACCCUCAGAUGGCUGUGAACAAUAACUCAAAGGAUGCCGGUGCUGAUGAAAGUGCGAAAGGGGUUGUACCUGGAGUGCUUGGCACCGCAUCCAUCGAACUCUCAUCUGAGGGUAAGUGGAGGAACAUCAGGAAGACCCCUGCCAACCCUCACACACAGGCCAACUGCCUCCGUCAGAUUCUCCUCCUCCAGCUGGACCUCAUUGAACAACAGCAACAACAGCUCCAGUCCAAGGACAAGGAGAUAGAUGAGCUCAAAGCAGACAAAGAGACGCUGCUUGCACGUAUUGAGCGAAUGGAGCGCCGCCUUCAGCUCACAAGGAAGGACCCACCCCGUGAUAAGCGCCUUUUCCAGCCCUUGGAGCCAUGGACCCCUGACAAAGAGGACAUGUGGGAUCUGGAGCUCGAGAGUCCACAGCCUGACCCAGCCACGCCACUCAUCUUCAGUCGGGGUGGCAAAGGUCAUAAAAGGAAAUCUUGCUUUGGUGAUACAAAAGUGCAAAAAUCUCGAGGUAAAAGUGCCAAGUUGAGCCCGCAGAAGCCCGAAAUUGAGCCUGGCUCUCCUAAUCAGAGAGAGCUACGCAGCAAGGAAACCCCAGAGAAGACUGUUCCCGCGAGGGCAGAAAGGGACGGUUUGCUCCUUUGCAAAGAGGAGGCUGAACUGAGCUGCCAGAUGGAGGAUCUCCCCUUCAUGUCAACGACAGAGAUGUAUCUGUGUUGCUGGAACCAACCUCCUCUGUCCCCCCUGCGUGAGACUUCCCCGAAAAAGGAGGAAGAGGUGGCCAGUGAGUGGACUCCUCAUGUAGUACAUGAUAUGCUGAUUGUUUUCCCAUCUUGGAGGGAAAAUAUAAUAGAGCCGCUGAAUGAAGACUCCUCCUUUAAUCCCCCUGAGCCGCUAGACGACGGCGUGUUUUUGAAACGUCACUCAAAGCUCGAGUUGGAUGAGAAGAGGAGGAAAAGAUGGGAUAUCCAGCGAAUCAGAGAGCAGCGCAUGUUCCAGCGUCUGCAGCAGCGCAUGAACAGGAAGAAAGUUGUCCAGGAGACCGAGCCGGAGUUGUCGUCCUUCUAUCCCGACACCGAAGAUGUUGAAAGUAUAGUGAUCACUCCCUUCUUGCCUGUGGUUGCAUUUGGUCGGCCUCUGCCUAAACUCUCACAACAGAACUUUGAGCUGCCUUGGCUGGAUGACCGCAGCCGGUGCCGCAUUGAGGUUCCCAAGAAACACACGCCUCACCGGACCUGCAGGAAGUGAAGCCCUUAAAAAACAGCAGCAGUGGUGGGAGAAGAAGAUGAUUAUGAUGAUGCUCCACACCCAGAUUAAAAAAAACAAAACAAAAAAAUUUGCUGGUGUGGCAGGGAGUCGCAUCACUAGUCGCUUUGUUUAACUGUCACUGUUGCUUUUGCUCUCCUGAGUUUUGGUAAAGGAUGGACGAUAUCUGCAGGGCAGGGUGUCCUUGAUGUUUUCGGUCUCUUAAAAGAGAGGCUGAGCCCUUCAUGCCAGAAGAUUACAGCCCUCAAGUCAGCAGCUGUUCAUAAUUACACAUUUACCAAGAGUUACAUGCAUGUCCUGAUACUUUUUUGGUGGAUCUGCACCACAGACGUAAAAAAGACCCAUAGACUUAAUCAAACAGAUGUGGUGUUUCUGUUGUGUUAUAUGGGGUCGGUAGUAUUAAGGGACAAGCUGAGGAGCUCUAAUCUUUGUGCAUACGUGUAGAGGGAACGAUUUAAAGCCACUUUGACUGAAAAUAGAGCUUCGCGAGCAAUGCAGCUGCAUCCUUUUCGCUUGGGUUGUGUCACCGCGCCUGUUCUCCCCGCAUCAAUGUCGUGCUGUGUAUUGCCUAUAUCGAUUGCACACGACUGCAUUAAGAUUUUAUCGAUGUUAGGUGUGAUUAUUGGGAGUUUUGAGCCAGCAUGAUUUCAUAUAUAUGCAUAUAUAUAUAUAUAAAAUAAUCGAGCCAAUCCAGUGUAAGGUGAAAAAUGUAAACAAUCAGAUGAUUGGGUUUGAGAACAAAGGUACAGGAAAUUAUUCGGGUGGUAAACUUGGCGUCGAAUUCAGUAACCUGUCCCCUUUUUUUGUUGUUGUUGUUGUUUUGGGUUUUUUUUGGUUUUGGUU